AUGAGAUUCUCAAAGUUCCUAUUGACGGCUUUGGCGCCAGUAGGUCUGCUUGCCGAAAACGCUGCCCCAACAGCUUCAAUAUCUGAGCUAGAACUCGAUGCCAUCCUCGCAAAGCACAACUUGGUAUUAGUUCCUCGAUCGGAUCUAACAGAUGCCUUGACAGAGCUCAAUGGUCUGCUCCGAGAGAACAAGCGGCUCAACCAGCAGGUGCAGCAAAAGCAGAAGCGGACAGCGCCUCUAUAUCCUCGACAAAAUAGCACUGGCUCUGGCUCAGAUUCAAGCGGCAUCGACCUCGGAGAUUUAACUGGGCUUGGCGACCUGGGCGAUAUUCUCGGGAGCCUUACAGAUCUGAUCACACAAUUUGGCGACAUUGCAGGGUACCUCAAGGCACUCCAGGGACUGCUAAGUGACGAGUUUUUGCAGGCUCUACAUGAUGCUAUGAUAUACUUGGCUGCAACACUUGCGCCACCGAUUCCUGACAUUACACGAGACAUUCUUACAAAAACACAACCUUUGAUCGAUCUGUUAGGAUCAUUAGAUCUGAAGAGCAUCAUUGACGAAAUCAAUGGCGUGGAUAUCGCUGGUCUGAUCAAGACAGUGCUCAGUCUUCUUACAGCCCAGAACCUCGGCAAUAUUGAGAAUCUUCUCACGAACGGCGCAGCACUUCUGACACCUACAUUUGUGAAUGAGACUCAAUCACUGAUUGAUGGCGCUGCCCCACUCCUGGCUUCUCUCUCAGGCAUUGAUCUGAAAGGUGUCCUGGGCGCUCUGUCACCUCUUUUGACAGCGGACUCUAUCCAAGGCCUCGUCGGCUUGUUGCAGAAUGCUGAAGCAUUGUUGACGGCUGACACGGUCUCAGCACUCCAAACACUACUCACGAGUGCCCAACCUCUCCUUGAUAGUCUCUCCAAGGUUGAUCUACAAGGCAUUCUGGAUGCCUUGUCGCCGCUUCUCACGCCAGACUCAGUCCAAGGACUUGUUGGUUUGCUCAGUAACGCCGAGGCACUUCUGACAAAAGAUACUGUUUCCGCGCUGCAGUCGAUCUUGACAAGUGUGCAACCACUUAUCAGUGGCUUGUCACAGAUUGACCUGAAGGGUGUUCUCGAUGCUCUGUCACCGCUCCUGACACCGGAUUCUGUCAACAGCGUUGUUGGCCUUUUGGGUAAUGCCGAAGAGCUAUUAACGACGGAUACUGUAUCGUCAUUGAAGACAAUACUGGCGAGCGUACAGCCUCUUUUAAACAGCCUUACACAAAUUGACCUCCAAGGCAUCUUAGAUGCGCUUCAACCGCUUUUGACACCCGAUUCUGUCAAUGGCAUCGUUGGUUUACUAGGCAAUGCCGAAGAGCUAUUAACGACGGAUACUGUAUCGUCAUUGAAGACAAUACUGGCGAGCGUACAGCCUCUUUUAAACAGCCUUACACAAAUUGACCUCCAAGGCAUCUUAGAUGCGCUUCAACCGCUUUUGACACCCGAUUCUGUCAAUGGCAUCGUUGGUUUACUGGGCAAUGCCGAAGACUUGUUGACGGCGGACACCGUCUCAUCUUUAAAGACGAUUCUGGCCAGUGUACAGCCCCUUAUAAACAGCCUAUCGCAGAUCGACCUUCAGGGUAUUCUAGAUGCACUCGAGCCUCUGUUAACGCCUGACUCUGUUGACGGCAUAGUUGGUUUAUUGGGUAAUGCGGAGGAUUUGCUCACCGCUGCCACAGUUUCUUCUCUAAAAACAAUUCUUAUCAGCGCGCAGCCGCUUCUCAAUAGCCUGUCGCAAAUCGACCUUCAAGGCAUACUUGACGCUGUGGAGCCAUUGCUUACUCCUGAGUCUGUUCACGGGAUAGUUGCUUUAUUGCAGAACGCUGAAGCGCUGCUCACGGCAGAUACAGUAUCUGAACUUCAGGAAAUCCUGACUGGUGCAGGGCCACUGCUCACUAGUCUUGGUAAACUCAAUUUACAAGCUUUGAUAGAUCAGACCUUGUUCGAUGCUAUCAGCCCACUAUUGACGGGCGAUUCCAUCAAAGGUCUCGAAGGGCUAUUGCUAAAUGCAGAGAAUCUUUUGACUUCUGACUUUGUCGAUGAAACGAAGUCUCUGAUAUCUGGUGCUGGUCCUCUGCUAUCCAGUCUUGGCAGUAUUGACCUCAAAGGAUUACUUGAUCAGGUUGCACCAUUGCUAAACAGUCUGAGCAAAUUAGACCUUCAGGGUCUUUUCGACGCGAUACAGCCACUACUAACGACUGACUCUAUCAGUGGUCUUGUAGGCCUCCUCGGCAAUGCAGAAAAUCUACUGACGUCCGACUUCGUGGAUCAAACCAAAUCCCUUAUUUCUGGUGCCGGUCCAUUGUUGUCUAGUCUUGGCAGUAUCGAUUUGCAGGGCCUGGUCGACCAGGUCGCACCGUUGCUUAACAGUCUCAGCAAGAUCGACCUACAGGGGCUCUUCGACGCAAUUCAACCACUCCUAACACCCGAUUCGGUGAAUGGCAUCGUCGGCCUGCUCAACAAUGCUGAGGAUCUCCUAUCUAGGGACUUUGUGGAUGAAACUCAAACUCUUAUCUCUGGCGCCGUGCCAUUGAUAUCGGCGCUCGGCACGAUAGACCUGCAAAGUCUCAUUGGCCAAAUCACGCCUAUUCUUGCCGCGCUCGGCAAGAUUGACCUGGUUGGCUUGGUCAACCAGCUACAGCCAAUUCUAGACGCUGUCAGCAAGAUCGAUCUCUCUGCACUUGUUGACCAGAUCGAACCCAUCUUGAAUUCGUUGAGCCAGAUUGACCUGGCGGGCCUGGUAAAACAGAUUACCCCAAUUCUCAACUCACUGGGCAAGGUUGACCUAUCCGCGCUUAUCGAUCAGAUCGAACCCAUCCUAGGUUCGCUCAGCCAAAUCGACCUCGCAAGUCUCGUCAAACAGAUCAGCCCAAUCCUGAAUUCGCUGGGCCAGAUUGAUCUGAAUGGAAUUUUCAAUGCCGUUGCACCUUUGCUCACCCCAUCUUCAGUUGACGGCCUGGUCGGACUUGUCGACAACGCCGAGAAUCUCCUCAGCGCCAAAUUCGUGAACGAGACACAAACCAUCAUCGGUGGCGCAGUGCCUCUAGUAGCCGCUUUGGGCCAGGUGGAUAUUCCUGGACUUAUCAAGCAACUCACACCACUGCUCAAUGCUUUGAGCCAAGUAGACCUCACGGGGUUGGCGAAUGCAGUCAAGCCACUCCUUGCCGCGUUGAACCAGAUUGAUAUUCAAGGCAUCGUGGACGAGGUCACACCACUUAUUACUCCAGACACGGUAGAGCAACUUGUGGUGCUGCUCGGCAACGCCGGCGGCCUACUAUCAGCCACGUUUGUCACGCAGACUACGGAGCUCAUCGGCGAUGCCACACCUCUUGUGGCGACAGCGUCAGAUUUUGUCAAUGCCAUACUGCAGGCAUUGAUGUCGUGA